AUGCCUGUCCCCACUGCCGACCUCUUUGACAAGCAACAAAAUGAAACCAACUCCACACAGCCUCCCAGAGCUACACACCCUUCUACCGACCAGACCAACAACAGCUACUUUGGGGCCGAGCCUGGCAACUCGAACAGCGCGUCGCAGAAUGCUGAUAGUGGUCGAGCUCUGACCAAGGAGGAGGCCGAUCGCUUGUAUGAAGAGCGGAUGGAGGAGGAAUACGCGAAGAGGGAUGGCGGUGCCUGA